AUGGCGCCUCGUUCCAUCACCGAGGUAGAGGCAGUGCAUGCAGAGGAUGCACGGACUACCACCGUCAACCGCUCGCAGAACGAUAUUUCCACCAAGAACAAUGCUGAACAGAUUGAACGACCAUUCUCUCCUACAGACGAGUUGGACAAAGGCGUCGGUAAAGCCAACUACGACAAGAUCGACAGAGAGGUUGCCAAGUAUGCGAGCCACACCCGUGUUGAGAUAUCUCCUGAGGAGAAUAACCGGCUGCGGCGCAUGAUUGACAAGCGCGUACUGACAAUCAUGAUUGCCACCUACUUCCUACAGUCGCUUGAUAAGGGAACGCUCAGCUUCGCCUCAAUCAUGGGUCUUCCUCAGGACACUGGCAUGGUGCAAGCCAAUGGCAGUGUCUCUCAACAAUACUCGUGGCUAACGAGUUGUAUCUAUCUGGUAGUUUUAGUUGUGGAAUACCCACAGAACUACAUCAUUGCCCGUGUUCCAAUUGCCAAAUAUCUCGGAUUCUCCAUCAUUGCCUGGGGCUCAGUCCUCUGCUGUCACGCGGCGUGUACCAACUUUACCGGGCUCCUGGUUGUGAGGUGCUUGCUCGGUUUGUUCGAAUCCGUCUGCCAACCAGCUUUCGUCGUCCUCUCAUCAACAUGGUUCCGUCGCGAGGAACAAGCAGCUCGAGUCACAUACUGGUAUAUGAUGAACGGCGCACAGCAGAUGGUAGGGGGCCUACUGGCAUACUGCUUCUCUCUCAUCCACACUGGCCCACUCAAGUCGUGGCAGUGGCUCUUUCUUUCCUACGGCGUCAUCUCCGUCUUCUUUGGCGUAUUUGUCCUGCUUUGGAUGCCCGACUCGCCCAUGCGCGCCAAGUGUUUCACCGAGGAGGACAAGCGCCUUAUGGUUGAGCGUGUGCGUGACAACCAAACCGGCGUCCAGAACCGGACAUUCAAGAAGGCACAUGUGUACGAGGCGCUGAGAGAUCCACAGAUGUGGUGUUAUGGCUUGAUCCAGUUCUGCACCGUUCUCCCCACGAGUGGACUGAGCACCUUCGCCAACAUCAUUAUCAAGGAAAGUUUAGGUUUCGACGUUCUACAGACCCAGCUUCUCUCCAUGGUUCUCGGCGCUUACAUCAUCAUCCUUCUCUUGGUCUCCGUUUGGAUGGUUAACAAAUGGAACCAAAAUAUCCUCACCUGUCUUGGAUUCGUUGUAUUCUCCUUUGUCGGAACAAUUCUUCUGAUGACAGUGCCCAAUGUCACCUUCUCACAGCACGUCGGACUUUUGAUCAGCUACUACAUCACCAUGUCAUUCUGGACCGCCCAGACACUGGGACUUUCUAUGAUGUCUCGGAAUGUGGGUGGCCAGACAAAGAAGACCAUCGUUGUCGCGGCCAACUUUAUCUUCUGGAGCGCUGGCAAUGCUAUUGGACCCCAAGUCUUUCUCGCCAGGGAGUCGCCCAAGUACUACACAGCGUUUGCGACGCACUUGGGCUGCUACAGUCUUCUUGUUAUUGUUCUCGUCUUCUUCCGCUGGCAUCUGGUCCGUGAGAAUAAGAAGAGGGACGCCCUGGCCGCUGCUGGUGUCCAGGAAGCUAAUGAUGGCAACAUGACACAUGCUUUUGAGGACCUUACAGACCGCGAGAAUCCAAACUUCCGCUAUGUAUACUAG